GUUUCAUUGUCGGAAAUACAAAGAACGAACAUGCAUUCUGAUCAUAACAUUAUGUUUCUUCACAGCAUUUCUGUACUUCAGUAAAUAUUAUAUCGUCAAUGAUGUAAUAACAAGUAUGUCUGAUUGGCAGUGGGGUCCAGCUGACAGUCAAACGUGUUCAAUACUUGGUCACUCUAAAAAAGAUCCUACUACUAAUCGUUUGGCAGUUUUAGUACCGUUUAGGGACCGUUUCACUGAAUUGCAAGAAUUCAUACCUCAUUUAGACAACUUUCUCAAUAAUCAAAACGUCCGUCAUACUUUUUUUAUUAUUAACCAAGUGGAUGAUCUUCGGUUCAAUAGAGGAGCUUUGUUAAAUGUAGGAGCACUUGAAUCUCUUGAAGCUGAAGUCAAUGGAAUAAUCAUUGAAAGUAUUAUUCAAAAAAAUUCAUUUUAUCAGUUAUCUUCACGCUGUGUAAAACUUCCUUUUACAAAUUAUUUAGCUUUGCAUGAUGUUGACUUACUUCCUGAAGAUCCAGCAUUAAAAUAUGAUAUGCCAUCGGAACUAGGACCAAUUCAUCUUAUUCCAUCUUAUCUUCAUCCACGUUAUCACUUUUUUAAGGAAUAUGCUGGUGGUGUUUUAAUUAUUAGAAGAACUCAGUACAGUUUAGUUGGUGGUAUGUCAAAUCUAUUUUGGGGAUGGGGACGAGAGGAUGAUGAAUUUCAGAUUCGUUUGAAGUUGAAAGGAUUUCAGAUUGUAACGCCAAUUAAUGUAACUAUGGGACUGAAAGCUUUCCGUCAUAUUCACCAAGAAGAUCAACAUAAACGUGACUCUAGAACUUACUACAAUACUGACGUUGUAAACCUAAUUCGUAAUCCGAUCGGCGGUUUAACUUCAGUAAACUAUACCGUUGUGAAAAGACGUCUAAUAACAAUCAGCAGUAUUCCAGUUGUUAUAAUCAAUGUUAAACUAUAUUGUGAUUCGGUGAAUUGCAAAUUGAAUUCUUGAUACAUUAUUAUAGACAUUAAUCAUCCUAUUAAUUUGUACAUUAAUUUAGAUAUAUAUAUAAAUUACUAGUAUUUCAUUUUGUAAAUUAAUUAUUUCAACAUAAUCUGACUUGUAAUUAUUUCCCCAUAGAUUGAAUUAAAUAUAUUCAUUCGGUUGUGUGAGUCACCAGUAGAUUAUGAUUGUUAUUACUGUUAGUUAAAAAUCAUUAUGGUUAUUGAGAAUUUAGUAUUUUCUGGCUUGAU